UGGGGAUUUAUGCUGAAACGUUCUGGCGAAUCAGCCGUCCCUUUCUUCCUCUCCUCAGGUCAGGUCCGCUCCUCUCUGUCGAGCACGGAGAGAGCGAGAGCGAAAGAGUGCGAGAGUGACCGUGAGAAUUGGGAGUAUGUCUCUACAAAGCGGAGUGUGAAGAUGCCUCAUUCCAGUCUGUUUCUUGGUGCAGAAGCCGAGAGAGAUUCUGUUAUACUGGAAGUAGCUUGAAGCAGUGUAGGCUGCAUCGACGUGGCUUGGCUUUGGGCUGAAGAGCUUCUUCUAGAGGUCGGAUGUCUCUGCAGGAGCUGCUGCGCGAGAGUCAGGAGGCUCCUCAGCGGAUCGUGACGAGGCUCUCGCAGCUUCUGCAUAGUCUGACACUCACACUGCUUCAGGGGACCAGCUACAGCACGUACACACGCAAGAGCUCCUUCAUGGAGUGUAACGAUGAGAUCAUGCAGCAGGAGACGAGUCCGCUGUGCGCAGCAGACAUCAGCCCUGACCUCAGGAAACGCUUCGCCUUCCUGUCAGGUGGUCGAGGGGAGAACGGCAGCCCCAUCAUCAUCUUCCCAGAGUUCCCUACAUUUGCAGAGCUGCAGGAGGAGGAGUUCCAGAACGUGCUGACGUACCUGACCAGCGUUCCCAGCCUCAGCGCGUCAGGAGUUGGCUUCAUCCUGAUCAUCGACCGCAGGCAAGACAGAUGGGCAUCGGUGAAGGGAACACUACUGCGCAUCGCGGGCUCGUUCCCAGGAAACCUGCAGCUGGUAUUGGUGUUGCGGCCCGCCGCCCUGUUCCAGCGUGCACUCUCAGACGUCCUCUUUAGACUCAACAAGGAUGAGUUUAAAAUGAAGGUGCCGGUGAUCAUGCUUAGUUCAGUGACUGAGCUGCACAGCUACAUAGACCGCUCCCAGCUGACCCAGGAGUUGGGAGGCACUCAGGAGUAUUGCCACGAGAAGUGGAUCUCACACCGCACUGCCAUCGAAGGCUUUGCGCUGAUGGUGAAGAAGACGGCGCAGACGCUGCAGGCGUUUGGGACGGAGCUGGCCGAGACAGAGCUGCCCAACGACGUCGAGGCCACGUCCACCCUGCUGAGCGCUCACACCGACAAGAAGGAGAAGAUGAAGGAGGACCUGAAGAUAGCUCUGGGUCAGGGUGGGCGCUUGCUGGACAGCAUCAAUGAGCCACUGGCGUCAGAUCCAGAAUACAAUAUGAACCACGAUGAGCUGGAGAACCUGGCUACUGUGCAGAGGCUACUCGGGCAGCUGGAUGAGACCGAAACAGCGUUCGAUGACUUCUGGGAAAGGCAUCAGACCAAACUGGAACAGUGUCUUCAGCUGCGCUAUUUUGAACAGAACUUCAGGGAGGUCCGAGCCCAUUUGGAUCUGGUAGCUGAUAAACUGUCCGGAUUUUCCGAGGUGGGCAUAAGCCCCGCCCAUGGCGAGCACAUCCUAAAGGAGCUGAGCAAUCACGAAGAGAGAACUUGUGAGGUGCUAGACCAGGCUCUGUCUCUGGCCGCUGAAGGAGACACCCUGAUCGAGAACUCCCACUAUGCCGUGGACUCCAUCUUGCCCAAAUGCUCCGAGCUCAGAGUCGUGUGUGAGGAAGUGGGAGCUGUCCUGAAGGCCAAAAAGGCCCACCUGCUCAAAGCCAUGGAGCUUCACUCCAGUCUUGAGAAGGCUACCAGAUGGUGUGAGGAUGGAAUUUACCUUCUAGCGUCUCAGCCUGUUGACAAGUGUCAAUCACAGGAUGGGGCAGAGGCAGCGCUGCAGGAGAUCGAGCGUUACCUGGAGACAGCCAAUCAGCACAAGCUGACAGACUUAACUGGCAUCUGGAGGGAGUACGAAUCCGUGCUGACGACAGAUUUCCGAGAUCAGGUGGAGCGGGUCUUCCAGAAGCAGCUAUCUAUGGAGGACAUGUUUGAGAAAAGAAGAGUUAGCCUGAAGAAGUUAGCAGCUAAGCAGACACGGCCUGUCCAACCGGUCGCCCCUCGACCUGAAGCCAUCAUCAAAUCACCCAUGUCCUCUCCUGCACAUAAAGAGAGGACGUUAUCAUCUGACAUUAUCAACAACAAAAAGGACGAUACACUCCUGCAGAAUGGCAGGGGUCUCUCAGAAGAGGAGGAGAACCUGGCUGUACUUAGGCGGCAUGUAAUGAAUGAGUUGUUGGAGACGGAGAGGGCUUAUGUCGAGGAGUUGCUGUGUGUACUGCAGGGUUACGCUGAUGAGAUGGACAACCCCAGCAUGGCGCACCUCAUCCCCGUCACGCUCCACAACAAGAAGGACAUUCUGUUCGGCAACAUGGCCGAGAUCUACCACUUCCACAACAAAACUUUCCUCCGAGAGCUGGAGGCUUACACAGACUGCCCCGAGCUGGUGGGCCGGUGCUUUUUAGAAAGGAUGACGGACCUACAGAUUUAUGAGAAGUACUGUCAAAAUAAGCCACGCUCCGAGUCGCUAUGGCGACAGUGUUCCGAUUGCGCCUUCUUCCAGGAGUGCCAGAAGAAACUGGAGCACAAGCUGGGCUUGGACUCGUACCUGUUGAAACCUGUACAGCGCAUCACAAAAUACCAGCUCCUCCUCAAGGAGUUAUUAAAGUACAGUAAAAGUUGCGAGGGUUCAGAGGACCUGCAGGAGGCGCUCUCAUCCAUCCUCGGCAUCCUCAAAGCCGUCAAUGACUCCAUGCACCUCAUCGCCAUUACAGGAUACGAGGGGAACCUGAAUGAGCUGGGCAGGCUGCUGAUGCAGGGCUCCUUCAGUGUGUGGACUGAGCACAAGAAAGGUCAUGCCAAGGUCAAGGAUCUGGCACGCUUCAAGCCAAUGCAGCGGCACCUGUUCCUGCAUGAGAAAGCGCUGCUGUUCUGUAAGAGACGCGAGGAGAACGGAGAGGGCUACGAGAAAGCGCCUUCUUACAGCUUCAAGCACUUCCUCAACAUGAGUGUUGUGGGCAUCACAGAGAAUGUUAAAGGAGACAACAAGAAAUUUGAGAUCUGGUGCAACUCGCGAGAAGAGGUCUACAUCGUCCAGGCGCCAACGGUGGAGACAAAAAUGGCGUGGGUGAAUGAGAUCCGGAAAGUUCUGACCGGUCAGCUGAAAGCCUGCAGGGAGGCGAUUCAGCAGAAGACGUCGGAGCAGCUUUCUCCACUUCCCACUUCCAACAGCGCAGUGAUCAGCCUGAGCCCCUUUAAAACCAGUCAGAAGAGUCAGAAGAAAGGAGAGGAGAAGAAAACCGAGCCUACGCUCCCUGAGCUCAGCUUAGUGCCUGCAAUGAGAAACUCUGACAAGGUCAAAGAUGACACGGUAACCAGCCCCACCACUGACAGGGCCGCGGUGGCUAAAAAGCGUUUUACACUGCAGGGCUUCAGCAACCUGAAGAGUCAGAAAGGAUAUCCCCCUAGUCCUGACCACAAAACUAAGCGGCAUGAGAUUAAGAGUGAUCCCACGCCAUUUGGCUUCAAGGACGCAGGUCCUCCAGUCUCCCUCAGCCGGGCCAGAUGGCUGAGCACUUCUAGCCUCGUACAGGCUAAGCGCAGAGGGUUCAGUAAGGCCUCUCUCUCCAUGGAUGCCUCGGAGGAGAACGACGGGUACUCCAGCGCCGAGGACCCCUUAAAUUCUGACCCUGAGGAUGAGGGGAAGAAACUGUCUCCAGGCAAGUACAUUGUGGUAGCAGACUACGAUAAAGGAACUCAGGACCUCACAGUAAAGAGUGGAGAGACCGUGCAGCUGGUUCGAGAGGGUCCUGACGGCCAGUGGUUUGUGCGUAACCUGAAUAACAGUAAAGAGGGCUGGCUGCCUGCUGCUAACCUGCUCACUCUGAUCAGGGAGUCGAAGUCCUCACAGUCUCUCACCAGCUCAGAGGGCAGUGGCUCGGGCAAUCUGAGCACAUCAUCCAGCUGCAGUGAGACCUACACCAGCUUCUCUGACAUCAAACCCUGAGGCCUGUGUCUCCAUCCUGCCUCUAUAGCACCGCCUCAUGGCAGCUCCUACACACUGCACUUUCUGCUGAGACACCUCCACCACCUCCUUUUCCUCCACCAUGCACUGUAUUCAUCACCAGUCAUAGCGACUUGAGCGCACAGCUGGACUCACUUGUUUGUUUCCUGCUUGUUGUUGUUGUUGUUGUUGUUUGCAGCAAGGAGAGACCUAAGAAGCUGCACUCCUUCCCAAAAAUAAGCUAUUUGUAUAUCUACGAGUGCAAUAGCCUUCGAUUACAAAAGCAACACACUUGAUCCACUAAACUAAAGCGCUGUGACCUUUAGUCUUGUACUGAGAGUGUCGAAACCGGUUCGGAAUAUUUUCAGGAACAUAUAUGUAUAUAAUAUUUUCUACUUUGCCAACAUCAUAGGACACUUGAAUGGAGCAUCACGUGACAUGGAUACAGAUUGGAGUCGUGUCCAGUUUCCUAACUGUGAAAUGUCCUGUCUUAUUUACUGUAUGUAUUAAUCAGAAACAGCUGUAUAUUUUCGAUUAUUUUCUGUAUAAUAUUUGUACAUAUAACUUGACCUUCGGGGGUUUUUUCUUCUUCCAUAAAAUGGCAGUGUAUAUUGUAUAUAAAUGUUCAUGUAUGGUGUCGUCGUAUCUGAAGCUUGACGUAUGCACUAUUUUACAGGCAUUACAUUACUUCAUUAUUUAUUUUUUAACAAACUUUCCCCCAAACAAAUUUUAUAUUCUAGUAAUAACGCCUUUUCAAAAACCAGUAUCUGAAACUUUUCCUCACAUUAUUUUAUCACAAAUCUAUUAUACAGGUUGUAAGCAAGAAGUAAAUGAUGGGCUGAUAAACAAUACAGCAUUUCCCAUAAAUUUAUCAUUGUGCUCCGAAUAUAUAUUUUUUGUUUUUUAUCUUCUUACUCCCAUAUGUCUGUAUGUAAACACUGCACAUAUCUUGUUUUACACCUUAAAUGAAUAAAAUCUGCUGUAUUUCAGUCUCAUGUGGCACAUUGCCCUUGUAUUUCUCUAUUUUCAUAUUUGUAAUAAAGGUUUGUGUCCUCUAUGUAUGUAUAUGUGUAAAGUGUAAAUAUGUAUUUAAGAGUAUGUAUGAAUUAAGAGAUUAAAGCUUGAAUAAAGUUCACCGAUUACA